AUGAAGUGGAUAUUACUUGGAGUAUUAGUAACAAUAAGUUACAGUGGAGUGCUAGGGUUUGAUUCUAAACCAACUAUUCCACGUCCUAAUCAACCACCAAUUUAUCAUCCAAUACCGCCCUUCAAUCCUGGUCCUCCUAAAUUUCCUACUUACAGAUUCCGUCGUUCACCUCAAGGUUCAUUGGAUGCAUCAGUGCAAUCUGGACAUGGACGUCCACAAUUGAAUUUGGACUAUCAACAAAAAUUCAUAUCUAACGAUAAAGAGAAAUUCAGCGGUUAUGGAGGAGUUUCAUCUCCCGAUUUCAAACAUUUUCAUCCUCACGGAGGACUCAAUUACGAAUAGACACCUAAUAAAGAUACAUCUUUAGGAGUGCAUGGAGGAGUUACAACAGUUACCUAAUGGUCGUUUUGAUCCUAGUGUUGGAGUUAAUUUUGGAAUGCGGAUCCGUCGUGAUGUUGACCAACAACUUGAAGAAUAA